AUGCAGCAGCAUCUGCAGAAGCUCACCUUGGAAGCAGCCCAGUGUUUACAACGCAAAAAGUUCUGCUUCAACCAAGAACUGAAGCUGAUCUGCAAGUAUGGGCUCUAGAACAAGCGUGAUGUGCGGAGGGUCAAAUUUAUGGCUGAGAUCCACAAGGCUGCCGGGGAGCUGCUGACACUGGACCAGAAGGCCCCACAGUGGCUGUUGGAAGGCAACAUCCUGCUGCAGCAGCUGGUCUACUUCGGGAUGCUGGACAAGGAUAACAUAAAGCUGGAUUGCAUCCUGGGCUUGAAGAUGGAGGAUUUUUUGGAGGGGCGUGUGCAGACCCAGAUCUUCAGGCCAGGCCCUGCCAAGUCCAUCCACCAUGCCUGCAUGCUAAUCUGCCAGUGCCAUAUCAGGGUCCACAAGUAGGUGGUGAACAUCCUGUCCUUCAUCAUGCACCAGGACUCCCAGAGGCACAUUGACUUCUCCCUGCACUCUUAUAGGAGUGACCUCCCAGGCCGCGUGAAGAACUCCAAGAAGGGGCAGGGCAGGCUAGAGGCUGGCAAAGACUGGGAAGAUUAAGCCCUUCCAGUCCCUCCUGGGCUGCUGAGGUGUCUGGUUUUCCAGUCAGUUAAUAAACAGGGUCCACAAAAAAAAAAGGAAGAAAAAUAAUAAAGUUUAUGGGGAAAAUUGUGACAAAGAAAUCAGUUUAUAAUGAAUAAUUCGUUUUAAGAAGGGACGAGACAAUUUUGAAGAUGAAGCCCAUAGCGACAGACCAUCCACUUCAGUUGACAAGGAAAAAAUCCAUCUAGCUUAUGUGCCAAUUAAAGAGAGCCGACAGUUUGGGGCUGUUGCUGUGGCGUAGCAGGUUAAGCCACCAUCUGCAAUGCCUGCAUCCCAUAUGGGCGCUGGUUUGAGUCCUAGCUAUUAUACUUUUGAUCCAGCUCCCUGCUAAUGCUCCUGGGAAAGCAGCAGCAGAUGGCCCAGUGGGCCCCUGCACCCACAUGGGAGACCCAAUAAUAAGCUCCUGGCUCUUGGCUUCAGUCUGGCCCAACCCUGGACAUUAAUAGUCAUUUGGGGAAUGAACCAACAGAUGGAAGAAUUCUCUCUCUGCCUCUGCCUCUGCCUGUCCCUCUCUAACUCAGCCUUUCAAAUAAAUAAGUAAAUCUUUAAAAAAAGAGGGAACUGACAGUUAACUGCACAGUGGCCAGCAAUAUAGACAUAUCACUUGGUUUGGCUUGAAAAAUUGAAGCUGAACUGCUUUAAUUUUUUUUAGAAUCUAUUUAUUUGAAAGGCCAGGGCCAGUGCUGUGGCAUAGCAGAUAAAGCCACUGCCUGCAGUACUGGCAUCCCAUAUGGGUGCCCGUUCAAGUCCCGGCUGCUCCACUUCCGAUCCAGCUCUGCUAUGGCCCAGGAAAGCAGUAGAAAAUGGGCCAAGUCCUUGGGCCUCUGCACCGGCAUGGGAGACCCAGAAGAAGCUCCUGGCUCCUGGCUUUGGAUUGGUAAAAAGACAAAGUUACACAGAGGGAGGGAGAGACAGAAAGAGAUCUUCCAUCUGUUGGUUCACUUCCCAAAUAGCCACAACACCUAGGGCUGGGCCAAGCAGAGCCAGGAGCCAGGAGUUUCUUGUGGAUCUCCCACAUGGGUAUAGGGGCCCAAGCACUUGGGCCAUCCUCCACUGCUUUCCCAGGCAGUUGAGCAGGGAGCUGGAUCAGAAGUGGAGCUGCUGGAACUCAAACCAGUGCCCAUAUGGGACGCCAGCAUUGCAAGCAGCAACUUUACCGACUUUGCCAGAAGGCCAGUCCCAAACUUUCUAUUUGAUGGGUGCCAAGACUGUAGCAUUCAUAUCGGCUACAUUCAAGAGCAGAGCUUUCAGUGGAAAUUCUAAAUGAAUGGGAUCAAGAUCCUAAAGCAUUUCUUUGAAGAACUGUAACAGGAGAUGAAGCAUUACUUUACUAGUACAACCCUGAAAACGAAGCACAGUCAAAGCAACAGCUACCAAGAGGUGGAAAUAGUCCAAUCAAGGCAGAAGUGGACUGGUCAAGAGUAGCGGUCAUCAUAACAGUGUUUUGCUUGUAGACUUUCUGGAGGGCCAAGGAACAAUAACUUCGCUUAUUAUGAGAGUGUUUUGAGAAAGCCCAAGUUUUAACAGAAGAAUGUCUAGUUCUUCUUCAUUAUAGUAAUGCUCCUGCUCAUUCCUUUCAUUAAACAAGGGCAGGUGCCAUAGCUUCAAAGGAAAACCUUCAAACCUCUGAUAGGGCUCCUCCUGACUCUUUUGUUUCCUAAGCAUAAAAAAUUUUUAAAAGCACCCAUUUUUCUUCAUUUAAUAAUGUAAAAAACCUACAUUGGCAUGGUUAAAUUCCCAGGACCCUCAGUUCCUUCACAAUGGGCUAAAUGGCUUGAUUGUCACUUCCAAGUGUCACUUGCAGGUGUUUUGAACUUGAUAGGAUUUAUAUCGAGAAGAAAGUUUGUAUUUUUAUGUUUGUCUUUUAAUUCCAUUUUCCAUGAACUUUUUGAAGUCACCUCACAUAGGAGUGAAGCUUCAAUAUCUCACUGGAUUUAAGUCUGGAUUAGCUUCUUCUGGGAUGUUUGUGGUACGUACGACAGCAACCAUUAAGAAAAUAACUUAAAAAAGCACAGUAGGGCCAGUGCUGUGGCGCAAUACUUUUAAUCCUCUGCCUGUGGUGCCGGCAUCCCAUAUGGGCACCAGUUCUAGUUCCAGCUGCUCCUCUUCUGAUUCACCUUUCUGCUAUGGCCUGGGAAAGGUGGUGAGGAUGGCCCAAGUGCUUGGGCCCCUACACCCACGUGGGAGACCCAGAGAAAGCUUCUGGCUCCUGGCUUCGGAUUGGCCCAGCUGUGGCUGUUGUGGACAUUUGAGGAGUAAACCAGCAGAUGGAAGACCUCUCUCUCUUUCUCUCUCUCUCUCUCUCUCUUCCCCUACCCCCCCCCCCGCCCCGCCUCAGCCUCUUUGUAACUCUGCCUUUCAAAUAAAUAAAUAAAUCUUUAAAGAAAAAAAACUUUAUGGAAGUGAACUAAAAGAUGUUUGUUUAAAAAAAUAAAUAAAUGUGAGUGAGUUAAAUGAACCAAAGCAGAGAAUUUUUUUUCAGACUGUAUUUUAAAAGUCUAAUUCCAUGCUAUCUUGAACAGAGAAACUUUAGAGCUAAAGAAAGAAGUAAAAAGUUAAAGGAUGGAAAAAUGCAUCAUGUGAAUGGUAGUCAAAAAAAAGAUCCCCAAGGGGUCCUUAAAACAAGACUUGCCCUAAAUUUAGUUUAGCCGAGUGAACAUCUGUGAAAUUACGGAUUUUUUGUGAUCCUCAGCUGGCUUUCAGAAUCAAGAGUAUAUCAGUGACAUUAUCCAGGGCUUCAGUUUUAGGGAGAUCUAAAUCUUAGAUCUGGAGGCUUACGGCCUAAAGAAAGAAAAUCUGUUCUUUUACUUGGGGAAAAUACCAUUACGUCACAGCAUGUUCCGGUGACUGUGCUGGGAUCUGUUCUUACCAGAAGCGGCCAAGCCUGCAGUUGAAGGGAUGACUGGGAAAGAAACAUCAACUGUGUCCUUCUUCCCUCAACUCUGAUUCUGGAAUUGCAGGGACGAGAGGUGGAAGACCAGUGUGGCCAGUGAUUUGGGGAACAUGAAAAUGAGUAGUAAAUUUCACUCCUCUUUUCAUUUUUA